ACUACAACCUGUGCCGUUGUGGACUUUUCCCUGUCGGGGGUGGCGUAUCAAUAAAUUACUUAAUUUAAGCCACUUAUUUGUUUCGCAAGGCGCCGGAAUUAUUUCUGGGUAGUUUGUGUACUAUUUGUCGGCCGUUCCAGCUAGUUUUGAAGAUGUCGCGAGUUUUGGUUGGUGUGAAGCGUGUGAUUGACUACGCGGUCAAGAUUCGCGUCAAGCCGGACAAAUCCGGAGUGGUUACCGAAGGCGUGAAGCACUCCAUGAACCCCUUCGAUGAAAUCGCCGUCGAGGAAGCAGUGAAGUUGAAGGAAAAGAAAAUUGCCUCCGAGGUGGUGGCCGUUUCUGUUGGGCCUGCCCAGGCGCAGGAAGUUCUGCGAACAGCGCUGGCCAUGGGGGCCGAUCGGGGCAUUCACAUCGAGGUUACGGGCAAGGAUUACGAUCUUCUGCAACCGAUUCACGUAUCGAAGAUUCUCGCUAAGCUUGCCCAGGAUGAAAAGGCAGAUCUGGUGAUACUUGGCAAGCAGGCCAUCGAUGAUGACUGCAACCAGACCGCCCAGAUGACGGCAGCGCUGCUCGAUUGGCCACAGGCCGCUUUCGCCUCGAAAGUCGAUAAGGAAGGAGACACGCUGACCGUCGUCCGCGAGGUUGAUGGUGGACUCGAAACGAUUAAGGCCAAAUUGCCGGCAGUAAUCAGUGCAGAUUUGCGGCUAAAUACUCCGCGCUACGCAACGUUACCGAACAUCAUGAAGGCCAAGAAAAAGCCCAUCAAAAAGGUGGCUCCGAAGGAUCUAGGGGUCGAUACUGCGCCUCGCAUCGAGAUUGUUUCCGUGGAGGAUCCCCCGGUUCGACAGGCUGGAUCGGUUGUGCCGGAUGUCGACACGCUGCUAGCUAAGCUGCGCGAUGGAGGACAUAUCAAGUAGAGUGAAAUGGACAGCCGGAAGUAAUCUAAAGGGUUUUGAGGGAAACCCAUAUUCCAAGGCGGCGAGUGUGCAACCGAAAUUAGAGCAAAGCUUACUGCGUGGAUCGGAACUGUUGGAAUUUGUUACAAUCUAUGCAAUUUGUUUUGGAAAUAUAUACAAUAAAAAGACA